AUGGAGGCUCUCCUUCAAUGGAAGUCCAGCCUAACUCUUCGUUAUAACAAUUCCCUACCACUACUCCCUUCAUGGACGACACAGAUGAUGGCAAACGGAAGCAGCAACGACGACCCAUGCAAGUGGGAGGGAAUUACUUGCAAUGAGGAAGGAGUCAUAACCAUCAUAAGCCUCUCCCACAUGGAUUUGCAAGGUACACUCCAUCACUUUAACUUCUCAUCCUUCCCUAACCUCCUCCGUCUUGAUCUCCAUAAAAACUCACUUUUUGGUCCCAUCCCUCCCACCAUUGCCAACCUUUCCCAACUCACCCACCUCUAUCUCUUCAAAAACAAUUUCAACAGCUCCAUCCCUGCUGCUUUAGCCACUCUUAACUACCUGGUUGUUCUACAUCUCAGUAACAAUCGAUUUUCUGGUUCAAUUCUGGCAUCUUUUGGAAACUUGACAUCGCUUACUCUACUUCGUUUGUAUAGCAACGGUUUCACUGGCUCAAUUCCUGCAUCUUUGGGAAACUUGACAUCUCUUAUUGAACUUGAUUUGAGUGAGAAUAAUCUCACCGGCUCAAUUCCUGCUUCUUUGGGCAACUUGACAUCUCUUACUUUUUUUUAUUUGCUUAGAAACAAUCUCACUGGUUCAAUUCCGGCGUCUUUUGGAAACUUGACAUCUCUUAUUGAACUUGUUUUGUAUAGAAACGGUCUCACUGGUUCAAUUCCGCCAUCUUUAGGAAACUUGAUAUCUCUUACUGCACUUAGUUUGUAUAGCAACAAUCUCACUGGUUCAAUUCCGGCGUCUUUUGGAAACUUGAGAUCUCUUACUGGACUUGAUUUGAGUGACAAUAGUCUCACGGGCUCAAUUCCUGCGUCUUUGGGAAACAUGACAUCUCUUGCACUUGUUCUAUUCCAGAAUAAUAAUCUCAAUGGUUCAAUUCCGAUGUCUUUUGGAAACUUGAGAUCUCUUACUGAACUUAAUUUGUAUAGAAACAGCCUAACUGGUUCAAUUCCGGCAUCUUUUGAAAACUUGAGAUCUCUUUCUGUACUUCGUUUGUAUAGCAACAGUCUCAGUGGUUCAAUUCCUGCUUCUUUUGGAAACUUGAGGUCUCUUACUCGACUUGAUUUGACUAACAAUAGUCUCACCAACUCAAUUCCUGCGUCUUUGGGAAACUUGAGAUCUCUUGCAGUUCUUCAGUUGUUUGGCAACAGUCUCAGUGGUUCAAUUCCUGCUUCUCUUGGAAACUUGAGCUCUCUUACUCGACUUGAUUUGUCUAAGAAUAGUCUCACCGGCUCAAUUCCUGCGUCUUUGGGAAACUUGAGAUCUCUUGCAGUUCUUUAUUUGUAUGGCAACAAUCUCAGUGGUUCAGUUCCUACUUCUUUUGGAAACUUGAGGUCUCUUACUCAACUUGAUUUGGGUAACAAUAGUCUCACCGACUCAAUUCCUGCGUCUUUGGGAAAUUUGACCAAUCUAGUUCGUAUCAGCCUUUAUUACAACCAAUUGUCUGGUCAAGUACCUCAGGAAAUUAGCAAUUUUACAAAAUUGCAAUACUUGCAAAUUGGAAAUAAUCAUUUUAACGGUUAUUUACCACAACAGAUUUGUAAAGGUUAUUCAGUACUAGAAUACCUUUCUGGAGCUAGUAACCAUUUCAUAGGCCCGAUACCCAAAAGCAUGAGAAAUUGCACCAGCCUAAUAAGAGUUCGGCUUGAUAAUAAUCAUCUCACUGGAAACAUAUCAGAAGUCUUCGGUGUUUACCCGAAUUUAGAUUACAUCGAUCUGAGCUACAAUCAAUUCUAUGGGGAGGUUUCACAGAAUUGGGCAAAGUGCCUAAAAUUAACAAACCUAAAAAUCUCAAGAAAUAAAAUUUCCGGUCAAAUACCACCCGAGCUCGGAGACUCAACUCAACUGCAAGGACUUGACCUUUCUUCCAAUCUCCUGGUAGGUCAGAUUCCAAGAGAAAUGGGGAAGCUUAACUCUUUAGUGAUAUUAAAGUUGAAUGAUAACCGACUCUCUGGUACCCUACCAGCUGAGGAUAUGGGAUUGUGCUCCAAACUUCAACAACUUGACCUCUCAAUGAACAAUCUAAGUGGAUCUGUUCCAAAUCAACUAGGGAAAUAUUGCACGAGUCUUAUUUACUUGAAUUUGAGCAAGAAUAGAUUCAACGGAAGCAUUCCAGUUGAAUUUGGAAAUUUAGUUUCCCUACAGAUGCUACUGGACCUUAGCGAUAACUUGUUCACAGGAAAGAUCCCUCUGCAACUUGGAAGCUUGGUUGUGCUAACAAAUUUGAAUCUCUCUCAUAACAAGUUGCUCGGUUCCAUUCCAUCUACUUUCACUGCAAUGCGCAGUUUGAUAACCAUUGAUGUAUCCUACAAUGAGUUAGAGGGUCCUCUACCUGAUAAUCGAGCCUUCCAAAAUGCUCCAGUGGAAGCUUUUAUUCACAAUAAAGGUUUGUGCAGCAAUGCCACAGGUUUGCAACCUUGCAAUAUUUCUAAGCUAUCCCCAAAAAAGAGCCACAAAGCCAUCCCCCUUAUGAUCAUAGCAGUACUGUUGUUUCUUCUAUUUGCAUUUCUUGGGACUUUUUUGUUUUUCUGUCUUCGGAGGGAGAGAUGCAUAGAACAGGAGAACCCAAUUACAAACCAACAACAACGUAGAGAUGUGUUUGCAAUAUGGAACUAUGAUGGGAGGAUAGCAUACCAAGACAUCAUUGAAGCAACUGAGCAGUUUGACCCCAAAUAUUGCAUUGGAACCGGAAGACAUGGAAGUGUUUAUAAAGCGGAGUUGUCAUCAGGUCAACUGGUAGCUGUCAAGAAGUUCACAUCUUCUUCUUCAGAUGACGAUGAGGAGAUUUCAGAUCCAGAAACUUUCAGAAAUGAAAUUCAAAUGAUGACAGAAGUGCGACAUCGAAACAUCGUAAAGUUGUAUGGUUUCUGUUCACAUGUGAGGCACUCAUUUUUGGUUUAUGAAUAUGUGGAGAGAGGAAGCUUGUCUAAGAUCCUAAGCAAAGACGAAAAAGCGACAGAAUUGGAUUGGAGUAAAAGGGUUAACAUUGUUAAAGGUGUUGCCCAGGCUCUGGCAUACAUGCACCAUGAUUGCUCACCCCUAAUAAUUCAUCGAGACAUAUCGAGCAACAAUAUUUUGUUGGAUUUAGACUUUGAGCCUCAUGUCUCAGAUUUUGGCGUUAGUAGAGUUCUAAAACCUGAUUCAUCCCUUUGGACAACUGUUGCUGGAACAUAUGGAUACGUUGCGCCAGAACUUGCUUACACAAUGAAGGUGACUGAAAAAUGUGAUGUCUAUAGCUUUGGCAUAGUAACAUUGGAAGUGAUAAUGGGAAAGCAUCCAGGAGAACUCAUCUCAACUUUUCCAUCGUCAUCCUCUUCAACAUUGCCAUCUAUUGAGCAAAACAUAUUGUUAAAGGAUAUACUUGAUCAACGUAUCUCACCUCCGAUAAAUCAAGUUGAUGAGAAAUUAAUUUCCAUUAUGAAGCUGGCAUUUUCUUGUUUGCGUGAAAAUCCACAAUCUCGGCCAACAAUGCAACAAGUGUCUCAAGAUCUAUGA